UUUACCCACUAGCUUUUGUUGGGGUAUCAAGAUUUUAUAAAAACCUGUUGGCUUUUGGAAGUAUCAUCAGUAUGCUAAAAGUUUCCAGUUGAUACAGGAGUGGACGGUCAGUAUUUGUAAGGUGACCUUCAGCUGGACAGGUGUUCCUUAGUGGGUUUACUAACCAGACACUUCCUGAGCUUGUUUAGUCAGCUGAAAACUCACAGUUGACAUUUUGUUGAGACAGUGUGGUGUUUUCCUUUACAAGUCAAAGUCCGAGGUACUGCCAACAGUUGGAUAUAUUCAUCUGAAUGGAAAUUAUCUGAACAUUUUGGAUUUACAAUUUGAUAUACUUGGAUGUUAUGAUGGAAACUAAUAAGAAGAAAGUGUUGAUGGUUUUGCCACAAAGCAGAACAAAACCAAAUUUGCAUCAUAUGCCCUCAUUUUCGAACAUUUUCUCCCCAUACUCGGAUGUUAUGUCUCCGUGCGCUGGAUACCAUACUCCGGUGUUUCCACAAACGCCAACAAGAAGCAUCCUGUCCUAUGACAUGUCUACUCCAAUUGUGCGCCGUCGUCAGUCCGAGGCUGAGAAGAAUGUUAACCGUCUCCGGAACUGUAUGCCAGAAAAGUUCUCUACCCUAGUCAAGAUGCAUUUAUCAUUUCUACUUGAUCUGGAUGGCACAAAACUUGAAGAAAUGUUCCUUGACACAGCUGAUAAACACGAGAUCUCCAAACGAAAACCGUCCACACCAUUCUCAAAGAAAAAAGAAAAACAUCAACCCCAACCAAAUUUGUUUGGUGCUGCACUAACCCAGGACAACGUAUCACAGAUUUACCAGCUCAUUGACUUCCUAGGCAGACCAGACAAUAUCAGAACAGAAGGUCUGUUCAGGAAGACAGGAAAUUUUGCACGUCAGAGAUUGUUGAAGGAGUGGCUUAUAAAUGGAACUGAUCUUGGUCUUGAUCAUGGAACAUUCUCACCACACGACUGUGCCACCGUUCUGAAGAAUUUCCUUGGGGAACUGCCUGAGCCCCUACUAACAGAAAAACACUACCAGGCACAUCUCCAAGUGACCAAUAUGGGUAAGUCACCAGUGCUAGAGAAAGAGAAGUUGCGUGCACGAAGUAAACAGAUCAAGACACUACAGCUGCUGUUCCUUCUACUCCCCCGUAACAAUGUGCUGCUCCUCGAGUGUCUCAUCGACCUCUUACAUCGUGUAACCAAAGUGUCAGAGAACAUGAUGACCGCAUCAUCUCUUGGCACUGUGUUUGCUCCCCAUCUCCUCUGUCCACGAAAGUUGUCCCCAGAGGAACUUCAGAUUAUCUCCCCUGUCAUCACACAAGCUGCUUCCUUCAUGAUUGAGAGUGGAACACAGAUAUUCAAGGUUCCAAGGGAGCUAGCCGCCGACAUUGCCAACUUCUGGCGGGAGAUGGAGGAUCCUAACAAGCUCAUCUUUGACCCAGUGGAAGAACAGGAAAACACACACAGCAACCUCCCCAGUGCUAAGAAAAAGUACGGCAGCACUCAGGCAAUUAACACCGUCAUUGCCUUCGCCGACAGGAAGUCAUCCAGUGACUCAGACAGCAAUCAAGAUACACAGGUGGCGCUAGCGCAGCUUUAUGCACAUGUACAGAGCAUGCCUGAUUCCUCUAAGAAGAAGAAACUUUUAAAGCAGUUUAAUCGUGCUUCACAAAUUCAACACCCAACCAACACACCGUCCGCCACCAAGUCAAAACACACAAGGAGUCGUACAUUUGGAUCACAGAUCAAGAAACACUUCCCAAGUUUCAACAAACAUAAGCGACAGGGUUCGAGUGAAACAUCGACCUUGACCUCCGAACUUCCAUGGUCCAUGACCUCUACCAUCAACAUAGACACAAUGGAUGACAGUGUAUUUGGCACGCCUGGUCCGAAAACGAGAAAAUCGUUCAAUAAUGGAAGUCCUGCUGUCCAUAUAGUCGAUAUGCAGAAAUCUCCCGAAACACGUCGCAAACCAAGAAAGAGGUUGAGUAGCGAGGGAAGUGAUGGAAGUAUCCCCGAUAAAAGGCCGACCCCUGACAUGCUACCGUCUACAGAAAAUGAGAUUGAUUAUAUUGUGAAAAAACAUCCGGAGAGACGGUUGUGUCCCUGCACCACCCCCGAUCGUGUUGGCAAACCUAUAGCUAUGGUUUCUCCCAUCACACACUCGCCAAUAUCACAGUCUGUCAGAAACGUACCUCCUCUUAUGCAGAAAAAUGUCAUGACUCCACGAUCACGAGCGCCUUUGUUAUUGUUACAGUCUCCCAAUCUGACAUCGCGGGAAAGCCUGUUGUGAGGAACAACCUUUCUUCCCUAUAAUUCAUCUCUGGACUGAGAUUUCUUUUUAUUUGGACUGGUCUAUUGUUGCCUAUAGGGAUAACAUUAUUCCGCAUCAGUGCUAUGAUAGGGUUCAAAUGCCUCAAUCCAGUCAAGGGAGGCAACUGGAGACAAGAAAUGCAAUAGUGCUGUUAUGGUUGAAGUGCUGUUAAAUGAUAUUAUGUAAUUAUGUCUGAAUAUGAUUUGUAAAUUGAGUUGUACAGAAGAAUUUGUUGCUUUAGUCAGUAGAUACAUACUGUAUAGAUUACGACGCCUAGCGUAUAAAUGUGUCCUAAAGAAAGAGAUAUAAAGCUAUAUAUAGAUUUGUAUAUGUUGCUGGCUAAUUACCACAGCAGAUAUUUCCAAUACAAUGUGUGAAAAGAUAUGAAUAGGAAAAAUCACCAGUGAGACUUAAGGAAAAUAAAGAGAUAUAUUUCAAAUAGAGCUUAAACUGUAAAAGUUUCAUUGUAAUGGAAAUAUUUAGUGUGAAAAUUGGUCCUUUUUGUUGUGAAUUGCUUCAUGUGAUACAUAGAUUUUUAUUUUCUAAAACUGAAGGAGAUUGACGUAAAUUAUUUUGUUUCUGAAAAGACAAGAUUCAUCAAAAUGUAUUUCUUGUUCAUCAGAGACACAUACUGAUUUUUUUCUCACUGUUGGAAAACUUUAUUUUGUUUCAUCAGAUGUGGUGUUCAUGAAUUAAGACCUGUAGAUAGAAUUGAAUAUGGUUUAAUUUCAGGUAUUGAUAACAUUGAUUGUAUACAGUGAACACAAUGUUGUUGUUUAGUGCUGUUUAACAGUUUGAGAGUUGUUGACUGUUGAUGAAGAAUUUUGUCAGUUUGUCUGGCUAUCAAUUAUUGUAUAUUACUACAACCUACACACCAGACUGCACUUUUGCAGACAACUCCAAUAAUUCAAUGCUAAUUGUCACAUGAUACAAAGAACAUACCGUAUUAGUUACUAUGUUUAUAUCCUAAAAUUUGAUUUCUCUACCUACUUAGGUAUUUCUUAAUUCAAAGAUAUUUAAUAUUAAGAUGAUAUAAUAUUUAUGAUUAGUCAAAUGUUAAAGUAAAAAUUGUAAAGCAUACUAUUAAAUUAUUAAUUUAAUCUGGAAAGAAUAUUUAAUUUUGAAGUUAGGGUCACAAUGCUUAUACAUGUAAUCAUAUUGGGUCACAAUGCUUAUACAUAUAAUCAUAUUGCAUGAAUAUAUAAUCACAAUUAACCAUAUUAUUUAUGUUCAAUGUAAAGCAUAUUAUACUUUUAAACAAUUUAAGAUUUUAUUUGAUAAAGAUAAAACAAAAAAGGUAAUUUUGAAUAUUGUACUUCGUGACUUACCCAAACCCACCGAUUCUAGUAAAUAAUAAUAAAAAAAAAAUGGCCAUCUUAACAUCAAGUUUUCUGAGAUUUGGUAAUUUCUCCAAUUAUUUUUCACACUGGUGCCAUAUGAACACAGAUGACUUGACAGUAAGAAUACUUAAUAAAAAA